GCUGCUGCGCUGCACCGAAGGGAGCUGGGACUAGAACUACUGUAGCGAGGGACUUUUUUUAUUUAACAUAAAGCGUAGGACGUUUAAAAACAAACCCUCCCUGCUGAGUCUGCAGAGCGCGGAGAGGACCAGGGAGGGGAGCUUGUGCUGAGCUAAACUUUGAGCCGGUCACAAGACUUCCCAGCUCUCUGGCUGCGGGUUCCUCGCCUGAGUCACCCCGGGGGCCAGCAGCGCAGAGCCCCGCCUGCAGAGCUUAGAUGCAUUCUCUUUAAGAGCAACAGAACUGGAAAGAGCAAAAUGACGACAACUGUGAGAUAUGAACAAGGGUCAGAGCUGCCAGAAUCUGACGGCUUUCAAAAGACAGGGGAGGCCAGUGUAAAGAUUGAUGAUGGCUGCGUUGAGGAUAAUGAACCAGACACUUGCUCCCGUACUAUUAAGAAAAAGAUUUCUCCAUUUGUGAUGUCAUUUGGAUUCAGAAUAUUCGGUGUUGUGCUCAUCUUUGUGGACAUUACUCUUGUGAUUGUGGACCUAGCUAUUAGUGACAAGGAAAAGAGCAUAAGAGAGACCCUGGAAGGCAUUUCCUUGGCAAUAGCGCUCUUCUUUCUCGUGGAUGUUCUCCUGCGGGUGUUUGUUGAGGGCUUCAGCAAUUAUUUCAAGUCCAAACUGAACAUUUUAGAUGCAAUAAUUGUCGUGGGCACCCUGUUAAUUAAUAUGGUGUAUUCUUUCUCUGACUUCAGUGGUGCAGACAAGAUCCCAAGAAUGGUUAUCAUCCUUCGAGCUUUGAGAAUUAUCAUUCUGAUAAGAAUAUUUCGCCUGGCCUCGCAAAAGAAACAACUAGAAAAGGUGACCAGGAGGAUGGUCUCAGAAAACAAAAGGCGCUAUACAAAAGACGGCUUUGACCUGGACCUUACUUAUGUUACUGAUCGUAUUAUUGCAAUGUCAUUUCCAUCAUCUGGGAAGCAGUCUUUCUAUAGGAAUCCUAUAAAGGAAGUUGCAAGAUUCUUGGAUACAAAACAUAAAGACCACUAUACAAUCUAUAAUCUUUGCAGUGAAAAAGGUUAUGACCCUGUGUACUUCCAUUACAGGGUGGAGAGAGUCUUUAUUGAUGACCACAAUGUUCCCAGCCUAGAGGACAUGCUGAAAUUUACUGCCAAUGUGCGUGAGUGGAUGAAAAAGGAUGAAAAGAACAUCAUAGCAAUUCACUGUAAAGGAGGCAAAGGCAGGACUGGAACGAUGGUUUGUACUUGGCUCAUUGACAGCGACCAGUUUGAGAGUGCAAAGGAGAGCUUGGACUAUUUUGGGGAGAGGAGAACUGAUAAAAGUACAAGUUCCAAAUUUCAAGGAGUUGAAACACCAUCCCAGAGUAGGUAUGUUGGGUAUUAUGAGAUCCUGAAGAACAAGUAUAACUUGAAACUCCCACCAGAGAGACAGCUCAAAAUAAAGAACAUCAAAAUCUACUCUAUUAAUGGAGUUGGAAAAGGCAAUGGAAGUGAUCUUAAAGUACAGAUAAUUGUGAGAAAGAAAAUUGUAUUCCAUUGUGUUUGUGCCACUCAAGAAAACUGUAGGUUAUUUUUUGAUGCUGAAAAUGACUUUGCAGUAAUUGGCUUGGAAAACUGUCCUGUUAUAAGCGGUGAUGUGAAAGUCCGAUUUGAAUCACGAAGUGAUCUUCCAAAAGGCUAUGACGACUGCCCAUUUUUCUUCUGGUUCAACACCUCUUUCAUAGAAAAUAACAGGCUUUACCUUCCUAGAAAUGAGUUGGAUAACCCUCAUAAAUCCAAAAUGUGGAAAAUCUACAGGGAGACGUUUGCUGUGGAGUUGAACUUUGUAGAACCAUAAUGAGAAGUUGUCAGCUUUUGUUUAAAAAGUUGUUUCCCUCAAAGAAUCAUGUUUGGUCUUCACCAAUAUGGUGGCAUCUUCUGAGAGUCUCCGUCAUGUAAUUCUUGGUGUAUUUGUAUGGAGAUACAGUAUCAAUUAAAAGUUGCAACAAGGAAAAAUA